AUCAUGUCUCGCCAGGGUAUACGAUGUUUGUCUAGAGCAGAGGCCGCUGAUAUUCGUAGCAACAUCCCUAUUGCUGUUUACUGGUCAGAUGUUGACGUAGCAAAUUGGAUAGAAGAAAACGGUUUUCCUCAAUACAAGCGAUGUUUCUUGGAAAAUUUCAUAACAGGGAGAAAACUGAUCGCCAUUGACGCUUCAUCCUUGCCAAAAAUGGGAAUUCACGAUUUUGAGCAUAUCAAGCAAAUCACGGCGUUGGUCCGGGAUUUGUUGGGAAUCCCUAAGUACCUCAUCAAGAGGGAGGUUCAGAUGAGGGACCCACGGAUAGCAUACUUGGAGUUGAAGCGCCGGACGGGGAGGGAAAUGGACAGCACCACCUUCAAUAUCUUCCUGUUUGACAACAGACACUUCUUUCCACAGAAGAGAAAAUCAUUCUCGCAUUAAUGGAUCCCUUUGUCCGUUUUUAAGUCUAUUAACAUUUUUACUGGUUGCAAUGGUGUAAGAUUUUUUUUCUUUUUGGUGUCAAUUUUUUUUUACAAUUUCGAUUGGUAUGCUUGAGACAUUUAUUUGUCGGAAAAAGUUGCAAAAAUUAUACUAGAUUCAUGUAUACAUAAUAAAAUAAAUCAUUUAACAAAU